GGUGAGUCCACCUCUGCAAAUUGUGUUCAGAUUUCGCAACUUUCUGAAGGUGGGAACGAUGGCAAAACUUCAAACAGUGUAUUCCUUACUUGUAGUGUUGGCGAUGUUUAUAUGUGCUAUACACUCGACUGAACCACCCGAGGAUACACAAACGACUAUAGCCGAAAAAGAAAUCGAAGCAAAACGUGAAUACGAAUUGUGUACUGACACCUGCUAUCUCUCUAAUGAUGGUAUAUGUAAUGAUGGUGGUGAAGAUUCUAUGUUCAAUUUUUGUGACUUUGGCACAGACUGUGCAGACUGUGGAGCCAGAAAUAUUGGAGACGGAUUGUGUACUGAUACCUGCUAUUACUCUGAUAAUAGUUACUGUGAUGAUGGUGGUGAAGAAUCUACCUUCGAUUUGUGUGCCUAUGGCACAGAUUGUGCAGACUGUGGAACGAGAUAUGGUACUAAUCAUGACGGAUUGUGUACUAACACCUGCAUGUACCCUAAUGAUGGUGAAUGUGAUGAUGGUGGUGAAGGAUCUCAGUACAGUGAUUGUGACUAUGGCACAGAUUGUGCAGACUGUGGAAUAAGACCUAAUACUAAUUCAGACGUAUUGUGUACUAACACCUGCAUAUACUCUAGUGAUUUCAUAUGUGACGACGGGGGUACUGAGUCGUGGUACGAUAUAUGUGAAUUAGGUACAGACUGCGAUGACUGUGGACCAAGACCACAAUAAUUGGAUCAGCAAAACGGUCAGCAAAGGAAUCGGAAAAAUGGAAUGUAGGAGAAAAAGCAUUUUAAAAAAGGAUAAAAAUCCGUUCAAUGUUGAUAAUAUAUUCGCAUGUUACAGUAGUUUAGAAUAAGGGAAUAAAGGUAUAACAGUUCAUCAUUAAAAAACAACAACAAAUAAAUAGCAUUGUUAUAAUUGUAUGUGUAAUAAUUGAUCUCAAACUACAACAGAUAACUUUCUGUGACUAAAGUAAAUAAGAAUGUUAUAGUCAAUAAAAUGAUGGCAAGUGAA